AUGGAAUCCAUACAUCGUCUCGCAACAACCGAAGCCCUACGCUCACUGGAUCAUGUAGAUCUCACGUUGAAAUUGGAACUGGUAGACAACAUACGGAGUAAUUUUGAGCUCACACAAAACCGCCUGGAAGAAGAAGAUCCUGACGAAUUAGAUUCUGAUGCUCGACAGCAGUUCUUGAACAUAUUUAUUUCAGUCAAAGGCGCCAUCACUCGCGAGCUACAGUCCAAACGCUUAGAUAGCCAUUUACAUUCAACCACACGCAAUUUUUCGCCUCAGGACUCGCAAUCUGUGGUUGUUCUUAAGCAACCAAAAUCUUGUUUACCGGAACUGAAGUUACCAACGUUUAGAGGCAACUACUCAGAUUGGCCACAAUUUUUCUCCAUGUUCCGCACCAUAAUUGACCGAGAAGCUGAAUUAACUAAAGUGGAAAAACUCCAACAUCUCCGCUCAUGCCUUGCAGAUGCCGCGUUGGACACCAUAAAGUCCUUAGAAAUUCGCGAAUCUAACUAUGAUAAAGCUCUUGAAUUACUAAAUAACCGAUUUGAUAACAAGCGUUUAAUUUUUCAGGCACAUAUCCGUGAGUUGUUUGGACUAGAAAGUGUCGAAGGAAAGGUGGCAACAAAUCUCCGGCGGUUAACGGAUAAAUUUUUGUCACAUAUUCGUGCAUUACAGACUUUAGGCAGCAUAGAACAAUUGGCCGACAGCUUGCUGAUACACAUCGUUAUGCAGAAACUUGACUCCGCUACUCAAAACAUGUGGGAGGAAAAAAUGUCAUCCAAUGAGCUACCCACUUGGGAAGGCAUGGCGUUGUUCCUAGAAAAAAGGUGUCAAACUCUGGAGAAUGUUGCGUUUGCUACGCUCGGUAAGACUCCAACUAAACAGGUGAGCAAAUAUGUGAAUCGCAACAAGUCGUUUGUGGUCUCGAAGCCUGCGCAAAGGUCAUGUGUGUUUUGCAAACACCUUGAUCACCCCAUUUAUACUUGCCCGUCAUUUGCGAAACUCUCCCCAAGCGAGCGCUGGAAAGAGGCAAAAAAUGCUGAACUUUGCCUGAACUGUCUUAAGCUUGGACAUCGAGUACAACAAUGCAAAUCCACUCACUGUUUUCGUUGUAAAGGUGCUCAUCACACCCUUUUACAUAAGGAUAUUCCAGAGCAACCCUUCCAAAAUGCCUCAUUGGCAGAAAAGUUUCCUCAACCAGGAUCAGCAGCAUCUUUGGUUUCUAUGGCGCCUCCAUGCAUAUCAAACGAGCACUCAAGCAUUAAACUAAACGAAUCCGUACUACUAGCUACCGCAACGGUGUUUGUAAAAAACAGUGUUGGAUGUUUUAUCCCCUGUCGUGCUAUUUUAGACUCAGCUUCGCAACUAAAUUUCGCUACGAGCAGGUUAUCCAACCAACUACAGUUGAAGAAAUCGAAGUUCCCAGUAGCAAUUUCGGGAAUUGGAGAGUCAGAUACAACAGUUGAGUACACAAUCAAUAUUAUUUUUAAAUCUAUUCACAGCGAUUACACAAACACUAUUACGGCGUCAAUAAUUCCCACCAUUACUGAGCAGCAACCAACCACCACUUUCAGCAUAUCGCAAUGGGUCAUACCUAAGAACAUAAAAUUGGCCGAUCCAUCAUUUAAUACUUCUCGUAGGAUUGACCUCUUAAUUGGAGCCGGCAUAUUUUUUGACUUGUUGUGUGUCGGUCAAAUACGUCUUAAGGAACCAACACACAUUUUGCAAAAGACACGUCUCGGCUGGAUCGUCUCUGGCGGUAAACAACGCUCCAACAUCAGCUCUUCGUGCGCGGUGUCAUCCAAACUCGUCGAAAGCAAGGAACCACAUGGAUCACUUGAUCAAAUGGUCCGCAGUUUUUGGGAAACAGAAAAUUGUCUCGAAGGAACCACGAAGGUAACAAAAGAAGAACUAGAUUGUGAAAUACAUUUCCAAACAAACCAUUGCCGUUUGGGUACUGGCGAGUACUCAGUCCGUCUUCCUGUCAAACUGAGUCCAAAUAUGCUUGGUGACUCAUAUCAAUAUGCUUUACGCCGAUUAAUCUCUCUAGAACGACGCUUGCAGCGAAACGACAACGUAAGAUUACAGUAUUCAGCGUUCAUGCGAGAAUAUCUCGAUUUAAAGCACAUGACUCUUGUGGAUGCUCUCCCCAAUGUACCAACAUAUUAUCUUCCUCAUCACUGCGUUUUUAAAGAAGAUAGCACAACAACGAAAUUACGGGUAGUAUUCGAUGGUUCAGCUUCUACAACAAGUAACUACUCUCUGAAUGAAAUUCUUAUGACAGGUCCAACAAUUCAACCAAAACUUGCAGAAACUUUAAUACGUUUUAGGUCAAGGCCCAUCGCAUUAACAGGUGACAUAUGCAAAAUGUACCGCUGCGUACGCAUCACCUCACCAGAUGACUAUCUUCAGUGCAUACUUUGGAGGGAAAACCCUAUGGAAGAUGUUAAGACCUACAAAUUAGAGACUGUCACUUAUGGAACACGACCAGCAUCAUUCUUAGCUAUUAGAGCUAUGCACCAGCUGGCCAACGAUGAAGCCGAAUCAUACCCCCUUGGUGCUCAGAUAGUACUGCGGGAUUUUUAUGUUGAUGACAUGAUCACUGGAUCCGAUACUGCUGAGGAGGCAAUUGAAAUAAUGGGGCAAACUUCGCAGCUACUUGCAAAGGGUAACUUCAAAAUACGAAAGUGGUGUUCCAAUGAUCAAGCUGUAAUAGCGCAGAUUCCUCUAGCUGAUAGGGAAAAACUUCUAAGGUUUGACGACGGCAGCAACAUAACAAAGGCACUAGGGUUGCAAUGGAACACAGAUCAUGAUUUAUUUUUCUUUGCAUUUACCCCAUUUCAGAAACCAACAAAAAUAACGAAACGUUCUGCACUUUCAAUUAUUGCCCGUUUGUAUGAUCCGCUCGGCUUAGUCGGCCCAUUUGUAUUAAAGGCAAAAAUAUUUCUUCAGCGUCUAUGGAUGGAAAAACUUGACUGGGACGAAAGUUUACCGAUGUCUCAUGAAACAAGUUGGGAGAACCUAUGCAGCCAAUUCAACGAUGUCAAACAUUUGACAUUUCCCCGCUUCAUCGCUAAAAGGAAUGCAUCGUUGGAACUUCAUGCCUUUUGUGACGCCAGUUUGUCUGCAUAUGGUACGUGUGUUUACAUACGUGCUAGCAAUGGUAAGAGCGUAUGCAUAAAUCUGCUUUGCUCAAAGUCGCGAGUUGCUCCGAUUAAAUCUCUCACUGUGCCAAAGCUCGAGCUGUGUGCUGCCUAUUUGCCUGCUCAGUUAGUGCACUCCAUCGCUCAACUUAAUAUCUUCAGCUGUAUGUUUUAUUGUUGGUCAGACUCCAGUAUUGUGCUCUCAUGGUUGAAGGAGGACUCAUCCCGGUUCAACGUAUUCGUAGCUAAUCGCAUUAGCAAUAUUCAAAAUCUCACAGAUGGUAUGGAGUGGCGUUAUGUCCCAACAGCUGUAAACCCUGCUGAUAUACUAUCACGCGGAGCCACACCAACAGAAUUACUAAAUUCUUCGUUGUGGAAACAUGGACCGCCGUUUUUGUCUAAUCCGCACAAUGAGUGGCCUAAAUGCUGCGUUCGAACUCAAGAGCUUCCCGAAAUGCGCAAAACCUUUUUGCUAACUACGCGCUCUGCUUCUGAUAUGUCAAUAAACUGCAAAUAUCUAAAUUCUUUUGCAUCUAUGCAACGCAUCUACGGUUACGUUUACAAGUUUGUGAAGAAGGAUAUCUCAGGUCAUUUAACACCUAGUCACAUUCAGAAUGGAACAUACUUCUUAAUUCGCAUGAUACAAAUGGUACACUUUUCAGCUGAGUAUACGUCACUUCAAAGAAAAGAAACAAUUUCCUCUAAAAGUGCAUUGUUUUCUUUAUCACCUUUUCUGGACCCGGUUGGGCUUCUGAGAGUUGGUGGCCGUCUCAAGAACACAAACUUAGAUUUUGAUUCGCGACAUCCUAUUAUAAUGCCAAAACAUCAUCCUCUUACAACAUCUAUGAUUAGUUAUUUCCAUUUAAAAUAUCUACAUGUAGGUCCUCAGGCAUUGCUUGCAACGAUUCGUUUACAAUAUUGGCCAAUAGGUGGUCGGAAAACGGUGGCACAGGUUAUCAACAAAUGCAUCAUUUGUUUUCGUGCGAAACCAAAAUUGAUGGAACAAAUCAUGGCAGAUUUACCGGGGGAACGAGUAAAAGCGGCCAGAUCAUUUUUUACUACAGGAAUAGAUUUUUGUGGCCCGUUCUAUUAUCAGUCGGAAAUUCGGAACAGGCAACCACUGAAGUGCUACAUCGCCUUGUUCAUAUGCUUUGCCACGAAGGCAGUUCAUCUUGAACUCGUCAAGGAUUUGUCGACACCCGCGUUUCUAGCUGCGUUGCAAAGAUUCAUCAGCACACGAGGUAAACCUAAAACAAUUUGGACGGAUAACGCAACAAACUUUGUUGGAGCCAAAAACGAGCUGCUGGAACUAAGGCGAUUAUUUCUGAGUAGCGAACAUCAACGUGAAGUGGCCAAACAUUGUGUCGAAGAUGGAAUCGAAUGGAAGUUUAUACCGCCAAGAUCUCCUCAUUUUGGUGGACUUUGGGAAGCUGCUGUUAAGUCAGCGAAAUUUCAUUUCUACAGAGUCGUUUGUUCUUCGAGGCUGUCCUUCGAAGAGCUCCGCACACUUGUUUGCCAAAUCUCAGCAGUAAUUAAUUCACGGCCUCUUAUUCCUCUUACAGAGCAUCCUGAUGAUCUUGCAAUUCUUACGCCGGGACAUUUUUUGAUUGGCGGCCCUUUCACAGCUACAGUAGAACCAGACAUCACUGAUCUGAAUAUUAACAGGCUCAGUCGUUGGCAGCGAAUUUCUCACAUGCAACAAAUAUUUUGGAAGAAGUGGAGUACAGAAUAUCUUACCCAAUUGCAACAACGAUCCAAAUGGCGAACCCAUAGGGAAGGACUUAAAAAAGAUGCUCUAGUACUCAUAAAAGACGAAAAUCUGCCGCCGCUUCGUUGGCCUCUGGCACGAGUUAUUGACAUAAUUCCUGGACCAGAUAGUGUAGUACGCGUAGCAAGCCUAAAAACAACUUCAGGAAUCACCAAAAGAGCUAUAACUAAAUUGUGCUUGUUGCCAUUAGACGAUCAUCUUGAAAGCUUAAACUUUCAACGGGCGGAGGAUGUUGGGAACCGCUGUAAUGAAUAG